AUGAAUAAUUUAAAGAAUUACGACGAUAAUUCGCUACUGUAAACAGUGAGUAAUUUUGUAAAGAACUUUAUUUUUGGAUUCUUGUACAUUUUAUAAAAGGAAUCGAAAAUCAAUGCAUUAUUUUUGGCGAUUUUAAAUUUGAUUUAAUACAUAUAAUUGCAUAGUUAUAUGUUUAGAGAGGAAAUAGGUUAUGUUUGGUAGAAUGAUGGGAUUUCAAAUGCAAUUAACAUCUUCAUAGAGCGUCUGCUUUUCAAAGUUUACUUUACGAGCCUGCAGAGUUAUGUAAUAUUUUUAUUCAUUCAAACAGGAUUGUUCAUUUCAUUAAUAACUAUAAUAAUUUACUUUGGAUAUCAAUAUCACACAAGUUCAUACAUCAAUCGAACAGCAUCAUCAAUUUUGAGGGUUGUCCUAUUAUUAUUAAUAACAGUCUUGUUUAUGCCAAUAAUAAAUUACAAUACAUCUGCAUGGAAAUGUGUGGACGAUGCAAAUGGAGUAAGCAAAUUUUACGAUUUGCAAUGCUUCACAGCAACACACAUAGGAUAUUGCAUAGCAGCAUUCCUAAACCUGAUGUUGUAUAUCAUAUUGUCGAUGACAAUUAUCUUCACCUAUUUUGAAUGUCGAUUUCGAGCAAAUGAUUAAACAGCCAAAAUAAAUGGCAGAGCAGAUGCUAUAAUGUAGAGUUAUGUAAUAGUGUAGGAGAUAGCAUUCUCAAUAAUGCAUAACCGGAACUUCGCAUACAUUUUAUUAGUGAUUACCUUGGGAGGUAGUUUAAUCAUAUUCCUUGCAUUCUCCCUUGGCACCCAAUAUCAUAGUUUUCUAUUUACAAGGUUUCACUCUACACUUUCAUCUUUGCUAAUGUGGAGUGCCUUUAUGUUGGCAGUGGCGACAGCAAUGGAAGGCAAUUUGAUAGGCGGUUCUAUUGUUGCUUGGUUGGUUGGAAUACCAUUUGUUAUAAGUAUUGUCUUGACUCAAAGAGACAGACAGUUAGAGAGUUUAGUGGCAAAUGUGAAUAAACUGAAUAGUCCGGAAGAGAUCAUAUCCUAGGUCAGAUAUAUAUUGACACUGCUCAGAUUGCAGAAUGAAACUAAAUACGCAGUUAUCUUAGAUGGAUAUAUAGAAGUGCAUAGGUAAACAUGUGAAAAAACAGAUUGUCCUCUAAAGAAAUACAAACCAGGGUGGAAUAAGAGAUUGAUUCAAUAAAUUAAAUAGAAUAAUUCUGAAGUCAAAAAUGACAAACAAGCCCUUUUGAUCCUAACUCUCUAUAGAAUUCUGGAUCAAGGAUUGGAGAAGUUUGAGAAGAAUGUCGACUUAAGAAUUUAGUAUGCUUUCUUCUUAUUGGAAGUCAUGUCGUAUAAGCAUAAAGCAUUAUAAGAGUUAUAGAAGGCUGAGGAAUGUGAACCCAGUUUGGAUACUCAGUUCGUUUUGUACAAAUACAAAAGAAUCGUUGAAAGUGAAAUAUAAGAUGAUUAAAAUGAAAAGACGAUUUCGAAUCAUGAAAUCUUGCCAAUUUCAGCAGCUCCACCUAUUAUUAGUGGUCUAGCCAUGCAAAUUGAGAAAUGUGCAUAUUUGCAUAUGGAAUACUGGUCAGAAUUAAAUGAAGAAACUCCAGAUGUUGCUAAAUUGGAAGUGAGUGGCAAGAAAGUUACGGAUAGUAUUAGAAUGGUAUAAGAGUUGUGGCAAAAGUUGAAAAGAGUAUGUCCAAAUCAUUAGCCAAGUAUCAUGUUGUACUCAGUAUUUUUGAUUGAAAUAUUGAAUGAUAAAGAAUACGGAGUCAGUUUGAAUGACACUUUGCGUAAGAUGAUACAAGGAUAUAAUAAUAGUAAAAUUGAUGAUAUUGACAAUCACGAUUUCAGUAAUGAUCCAACUCCUACUAUUGUGUUAUCAAGUGACAAUGAGAAAUUUGGAUUAAUUCAAUAAAUAAAUUCUAGUGGAGCAGCAUUGUUUCAUUAUACAAAAAGUGAAUUAAUGAAUUAAAAUAUACAAAUUCUGAUGCCAGACAUGAUUGGAAAAUCACAUGAUCGAUUUGUUGAGGAUUUCAUUAACAAUUCCGAUUACAAGUAUGUAAGCAAAGAUAGAUAAGUUAUAUGUAAGAAUAAAUCUGGGUAUCUCUUCUAAAUGAAUCUGAACAUCAAACCAAUCAAUUCAGUCAAAAAUGGAAUCUCCUUUCUUGGAACCUUUACCUAAGAUAAAUUCAAUAGAUAAAAUGCCUUCAUCUUAGUCAACCCAAAAAAUCAAAUUGAAGGAAUUAGCACUGGCUGUUUAAGUUUAUUGAAACUAGACAUAAGAUACAUAAAAGCAAAGAGAAACUUCUUUGAUCUCUUCCCAUCAAUUACUGAUAAGGAUCAAUUUUUGAAUAAGUUAGGAAGUGCAGUUUCUUAUACAAUUCCUAAAGACAUCUUAAAAACCAUUGAGGGAGUAAGAAAAAAAGAAGAUAAAGAUUUUAUUUAUAGUGGAAUUGAUGAUAAACCAAUUUAAUUACAAUGCUAUUGCUAGGAAAUCUCAUUUACUUAUGCCAAUUUCCCAGCUGGAUAUUGCUUUAAAUUUGAAAGAGUCUCUGAUUUAGCUGCGUCCCAACUUAAUAGUUCGAUUAUUUCAAAGAAAUCAGCCAAUCUAUUAAUGGAUAAGAAAUUAAAAAUGAAUUAAAAUAAAUUUAUUUUCUAAAGCAAAUAUGAUGAGGACAAAACAAUGUACAUUGAGGGAUGUUAUUAGGAGUUGCCUAGCUAUUCUGAUUUAGGAUCUAGGAUAGAACAAUCAAGAAAUGAUGAUAGUUUCGUAACUCCAUAGAAAUAGAACGCAACUAUCUCCAACAAAUAAGAGAAGACAGAUUCUCAAGAGGGAUCACCAAAGUUUAAUGAAAUAUAACCUGCAAGCAAUAAAAUUAGAUAUGAUGAAGGUAUAAGAACAGUGAGAUUAUUCUAAAAUAAAGUUGGUGAAAUUGUGAAUGAUGAUGAUUAAGUAAUGGAGGAGGAAGAACAAGAGUAUGAAGGCAAUUAAUAUUAAGGAGUAAACUAAAAUUUAUUAUAUGAUGAUUCUGAAGAAUAGUAAUCCGAACAGGACGCUUUUCAAAGCAGAACCAAAUUGGAAUAAGCCAUCAAUCAAAAUCAAACUCCAUUUCCCAUUAAGUUUAUUAGAAUUGCUGAAACCUUCCUAACUUUGUCUAUGCUUGUACUGGCCUUUGUUGAUUACUUUUUAGAUAUAAACCAAUUAUAAGACAUAUAACUAACACUAGAAGUUUACAAUACUCAAACAAAUCUUGUUGCUGAAUGGAAUUACCUUCUUGAAAAUAUUCGAGAUUUAUAAUUACUCAACCAAAAAUUGUAUGGUAAUGGUUCAGUCUAAAUAACAUAAAAUGAAACCAUUUUAAAAAGUGAAAUGAAAUCAAGCAUAGAUUAUAUCUAAGAAGGAUUAAAUUACAUCAUUUUAAGUGGCUAUUAAUUCCCAUCUGAACUAAAGACUUUGUAUAAUGAACCCAAUAUAAAUAUGAAAUUUAAUGCAACCAACAGUCAACCAUAUGAUUUUUAAGAAGCAUCAAAUUAAUUACUUAGUUAUGCCUUAACUAUCAUGAAUUACCCUUUGGACUCGAUAUCAUUAAAAUCUGAUGAUGUGGCUCUCUACUUUACAAUAUAGAAUGGUUUCAAUUCAUAUUUGGAUGCCCAAUUGAGUGUUUUAUCCUAUACUAUAGAUGAUUUCAUUUCUAAAACAGCAGAUAAAUCAACCAAUUUUGUAAUAAUUGUUGUGGUCGCUGGUGUUAUUUUAGCUCUUUCCUUGGCGAUUGUAGUUAUAAUAUUGUUGUCUACUAGAUUGGCUAAAGAAUAAGUCAUCAUUAUGUUCUUAGAGUUACCAUCUAAAGUCGUCAAAGCUUUGUUCAAUAAGUGCGAAGCUUUUGUAAAAUAUGUGAACUCUAUUGAUGGGGAAGGCAGUGAAAAAGAUGAAGAUUUUGAACAUUAGAUUGAGCAGGAUGAUAUGGCAGCCAUUGAUUCUAAAAAGAAGAAAAAGAAGAAAUUUAAAAAUACAACUAAAGCUCCUAUUAGAUUUUAUAUUUAAGUAAUUCUUAUAGCAGGACUAAUGGAAGCAUAUUUCAUUAUGCAACUUGUCCUUCAGAAAUAAAAUUUAAGUGAUGUCAGAUAAUUGAUUUAUGAGGCAAAUUCUACGAUCAUGGCUGAAGGCUUUUAUGCGUUCUGUAACAAUGUUUAGUAGGCUGUCUUAAUUGAUUCCACUUUGGAAGUAUAAAGUUAACCUGCUGUACAAACACAAUACGACAAUUUAUAUCGCUUAUAUUAAUUAGACUCAACAAUUCACAAGGAACAUUCAUCGAAUAUUGAUAAACAUGAAUCAGUCUACAUAGAAGCUUACAAUACAAUUAUGUUUUCCAAUCCUUGCCAAAGAUUAAAUGAAAUAGCGAAUAUAAGCAUCACUGAUUGUGAAGCAUUUGCUGAAACUAGUGUUAAAAGUGGAUUCACUGUGGCUUUAACAAGAUUUUUUGAAAAUUUAAGGUAUUUAUCAAGUAUAUACACUCUAACCAUUUAAACUCCUACGCCUCCUUUAUCUAAUUUUAUUGAUUCAGAAGAAAUAAUAAUUUUUGCGAAUGAAGCAGACAAUUUGAGAAUCAAUUUGAUGAAACUGUCUAAGAUGCAGGAAGUCAAACAAAUGUAAAGAAUCUAUUUUAAAACUGCAAUUCGAUAUUUAGGUGACAGCUUUAUUAAGGGUUCUUAAGUAAAGCAGAAUUCCUAUUUAUCCUAAAAAUUAGGCUUGUUUAUUUCUUUUAUGAUUAUCAUACUCUUGAUAUAUCUAUUGUAUUGGAUACCAUUCCAUCGACAUUUAAAUAGAGAUAUUUGGAAGACUAGAAUGACACUCUUGAUGAUACCUGUUGACAAUAUUAGGAGAUUAAGAAAUGCAAAAGCUUACUUAAAAGUAUUGAUAAAUCAAUAAAAAUGA